GACACCACCCCGUCCUGUCGGCCUGCACAGGUGCUCUGUUCACAGGCCUCUAUGGUGUUUGGAGCCUCUUCGUCAUGCCUGGUUUCCGCAAGGUUCCCCUGAAACUAAAGUGCUCCGCAAUAGCAACAAAUGUGGAAAAAGACGAAAGUGGUAAGUCUAUAAUCACGACUGUGUUUUAUGAAAAGUUGCAUCGUCACAUUCCGCAUGUUAAACUGACCUUUUUUAUAUCCUGAAUCUCAUAGUUUUUUCAACAUGUAAAAAUCAAACUGAUUAGCACUUUCCUGCUGAUAUCUUCCUAACUGUAUUGCAUGUAAAACAUGUUAUGCAAAGAAAAAGUAGGUUAGAACACGAUGUCACAUUAAACACAGCAGGAACAGCAGGAAGUCUGUUUGUAUGCACGCUAUUGUGCAGCAGUUCCGUUGACAACGAGUGGGAGAUGAGACUCAAGGUUACAGUUACAGCAUUCAGAAGACUUUAAAGCAGAAGUGUGUUUAUUGCGAAGCCUGGGCUGAUGUUUUAAUACCAAGCAGAAGACAUUUCUGUUGCAGAGACUUUCAAUCGUGCUGUAAUACAAAGAGUGUGAAUGUUUUUGCUUGUGGGUGCUUACUUUGAAAAGAUCUGAGUUCAGUGUGAAGGACAGAUUAACAGGGAUGUUUUCUGUCAUCUACUUGAUAGGAGGAACCAAUGUGCGACUUGUCACAUUUAUUGACUUCCUGUAUGUUUGUACCAUGCUUCAGGUUCCAUAUUUGCCCUCCAGUAAAGAUCAGACCCUGAACACGAUGAAGCUGCUUGAGGGGCGAACAGGCCGCCUGGUAGAUCUUGGAUCAGGGGACGGGAGGCUGGUGUUUGCAGCCUCUUCAGCUGGUUUCAAGUGCACUGGAUUUGAGAUUAACUCCAUUUUAUUGGUGUAUGCCAGGAGCAAAGCUUCCUGGACUGGAGUCCCUUCUAGCCAGGCAACUUUUGUUAACAAGGAUUUCUGGACGACUGACUUGUCCUCAUACAACAACGUCAUCGCUUUCCUCGCUCCAGGAGUGAUGGGAUUGCUGGCUGAGAAGCUGUUGAAAGAGCUUCCCGAUGACGCGCGUGUGAUCGCUUGCCGUUUUCCAUUCCCCGACUGGCCGCUACAGUCCUCUGCGGGUUCAGGACUCGACAAGACAUUUGCUUAUGAUAUUGGCAGUGUGCGAUCACUCCUGAGAAAGAGACCAAACCCGGUGGAUUAAAAACCUGAUUAGUUCCGAUCAAGAUUAUGAAAUUUUGUCACACUGUAAAGUGAUAUCAUGUAAAUUCAUAAGUGGUGUCAAAAGCAACUUGGGAAGAAGAGAAAAGGGUGAUGUUGCACUUUGCAAGUAUGGAGAGGAAUCCAGGAUUAUGCCAGAAUGAUUUUUACAUCGCUCCACGCCUCCAUCAUUCAUUCAACCAUUGCACUUCCAGGACAGACCUGUGCCAUCUGGCUGACUAGCUGCUAUAAAAUACGAUUGUAUAUUUGUUCUUUACAUGUGACUGCAUUUCUCUUUCUUAAAACUUUUCUUGUGCAAAUAAUUUUACUCCUGAAUCGAUACCAAUAAAAUUCCUAAAACAUGUGCUACAAGAGAGUCCAUUAAGUCAGUGUUAUUUACAAGAUAUUUAAAUUUGUCAUAGGGGUCAAAAUCAGAUUUAUAUGUUUUGUUUUGCUGUGAUUUGUUUUGUUAAGAGAUUAAUAGACCAGCUUUGAGCAAUGGGUUCAUAUUUUAUGCAGUGCCUAUUCACCUGUUGAAUAUCCUAAUUCUUUAUAUAAUUAGGACAUUAUGAUAAUAUACUAUGUGUGAAUUGACUAAUAAACAUGGACAUUUUCUGGAUUUUGAGUAAAUAAAAUACUUUUAAAUGUGGUCCCAAAAAGUAAUACUUCCACUGGUUACUGAAUAUAUUUCAUAUCCAGCAGUAGGCUAAUUACAGAAAGGGCUUACAGUCAAGCCUACCCGACCAACUCGUCCCCAAGCUAAGUCGGUGCCAUGCAAACUCGCAGGGCUCUCAUGUCUCACGCAUUUUGGUCUUUUGUCACGCACUCACACCACACAUUGUAUUUCUCACGCUGAAAAACAAUUACCGGUAAAUUUUUCUGGUGCGCUGCUGCUAUGGAACCGCGAGGAAUCAAACAUGUCUACCAGCCUGUUACUUACCUGUCAAUCAAAAAAGGAAAGGGGCGGGCUAAAAUAGCACAUCAACCAAUGAUAAAAAGCAUUGUUACAGCACAUGAGUCUGCUAGAGAGUGAUAUUUAUAUUUAAAUUAUAUUUGAAUAUGUCUUCUAGCUUACAUAGUAUGUUUUUUAAUUAAAUCUAUCCUAAAUUUAUA